GAUGAGGUAUGGUACUUACAUGCGAGCGUGGGAGUUUAUCAUAGUGGCCAAGGGCAGAGGUGAGAGAGGGUAGUGUGAGGAGGAGGCAUGAGUUAUCGGAGGAGGGGGUCAGAGUAGUAAGAGUAUAUGGCUAGUGGCGAUUGGUUGGAUGGUUUGUACUCGGAGUUGAGUGGCCAUUGGUUGGAUGAGUACGGAGUAGUGGCCAUUUGGUUGGGUUAUGAGUACGGAGUAGUGGCCAUUGGUUGGGGCUAUGAGUACGGAGUAGUGGCCAUUGGUUGGGAUGAGUACGGAGUAGUGGCCAUCGGUUGGGUUGCUGAUGAGUACGGAAGUAGUGGCCAUGUUGGGUUGGGAUGAGUGGAGUAGUAGGCCAUCGGUUGGGGAUUGAGUACGGAAAGUAGUGGCCAUGGUUGGGGAUGAGUACGGAGUAGUGGCCAUCGGUUUGGGAUGAGUACAG